CUCGGUGCUUCCUGCUCUUGCUGCUCCUGCUGGCAAUGUCGGCUCCCUCCCAGGCCUGGUCUCGGCCCCUGUGGUACCAGGUGGGACUGGACUUGCAGCCCUGGGGGUGCCAGCCAAACAGCCUAGAGGGUUGUGGGACCAGCCUGGGCUGCCCCAGCCACUGGAUGGGCCUGGGGAUGAACCCCAUCUACCCCGUGGCGGGCUUCACGCUCACCACCACCAUGAUGCUUGUGAUCAGCCGCAAGGUGCUCCAGAGGCGGCGCUCACAGGGCAUCGAGAGUGAGCACCCAAAGGUGACCACGGACGUCUCUGGACCCUGUAAACAGCGGACCCCGAUCUCAGACCACGCCAUACUCCUCACCGUCCUGCACAUGCUGGAUGCCCUGCUGGCCCAAAUCCAGGGCCACCUGCAGCACCUAGCCACUCAGCGUCCAGUGCAAAUAAAGGGGACUCCCACCCCGAGUGGGUGA